AUGGCGAUCAUUGUAAACCAUGCUCUGGACAAUGGUCUGAGCCCACAUGUUCUGGUCGCACUCCGUAUGGUCGUUGCUGCAAUCCUCGUUUGUCCUUUUGCUAUUGUCAUGGAAAGGCUUGAAAUUGUGAAACUUAGGAAGCUACAUGGCCAGGCAAAGAUAGUGGGAACCCUAGUGGCCAUUGGGGGCGGAAUUAUAAUGACAUUUGUAAAGGGAAAUCUCCUGGAUUUGCCAUGGAAGAAUGGAAUAAACAUAAUUUUCAAGAAAUCAGCAACUGAUGUAGAACAUACAGAUCUAAUGAAGGGUGCCGGACUGAUCGUAGUUGGUUUGUUUUGCUGGUCUUGUUUCAUCAUUUUGCAAGGAAUGAUGUCCUGCUCAACCUAUCUCAUAAUGGGCUGGUUAAUGAAGAAAAGAGGACCAGUUUUUGUAACGUCUUUUAAUCCUCUGGGCAUGGUUCUCGUCACAAUUUUCAGCUCAUUUUUUCUAGCUGAGAGACUCUUCCUAGGAAGGGUUCUUGGAGCAGCUGUGAUUAUCAUUGGACUGUGCAUGGUGUUAUGGGGUAAAAGCAAAGACCAACGUCAUUCAAAUUCACAAAACAUUCAAGACGACGACGCCGUCGCCGCUGCUGCACAAAAUGGUCCACAAACGGCUGUAAUCAAUGGUGAUAUAGAGAGUCCAAGCCAGUCCAAUGUGAUUGUUGAUGAGUGA